AUGAGGUUCCACACCUUUGCCAGGGUGGCGACUGGGCUCAACACCUGGGAGCGGGAGGAGCUCCAGAACCUUUUAAAGGCGCACUGGAUCGAAGGCGGCCCCGGGAGGGAAUUUCCUCCUUGGAUCAUGCCCUGGAAGACGGCUACCGUCGACAUUCCAGCCCUGUGGCUGGACGUGCGACACGCACCGAUGGUGGUGAUGUCGGUCAAAGGGGCGGAGAUGGUGCCGAGUCGGUCGUACUCGGUGGAAUGGACGCUCCGCUUUCCCCGAAUCACCCGGCUUCGGCCCGACAAGGCGCUGGCAGGGGUCAUGACCGUGCAAGAACUACAGGCCUUGCGGGAGCGACCGGGCGGGUUGUGGGGGAGACAGGACGGCCACGCGGCAAAGGGCGGGGAGAAACGGGGCCGGGGCCAGGGGAAGGAGGGAGGGAGGAAGAGGAGGGCGAGGUGGGUGCCGGUGUCGGCUUAUGCGAACCCAGGGGGCAUGGUGGAGGCGGAGGUGAAGGGGUCUCUGUUUGCUGGUAUGAAAAUCUGUCUCUAUGGAAGUAAAUUCACGACGAGGCUUCCCAAUGCCCGGGCAAUCGUGGGCUUAGAGGAGGGCGGGAAGGAGGGCGGGAAGGAGGGCGUGAGGGAAAGCGGGAAGGAGGGCGUGAGGGAAAGCGGGAAGGAGGGUUGGUUUUCGCUCGAGGAGCUGCAUCGUGUGAUCGUGGAGCAAGGGGGGCAAGCCAGCACGAAUCUGAUGGAAAUAGAGAAGGGUCCGUGGGAUGGUGGUGAGGGAGGGGAGGAGGAAGCAGGUGGCGUGGAAGGAGGGCGAGGAGGCGACCCGGCGGUCACGUCCGAGGGCAAUCGCCACCCCAACCCACCCUUUGUCUCCCCAGUAUACGGAAUGGACAUCCAAAGGUCCCCCUCGCCAGGCAUAAGCAAGUCGCCGCCACAGCCCCGGCGGUACGAGCAAGAUGUGUUGCUCGUCCCCGCCGGUCGCCCGUGCCUGAGGACCCAAGCCGCGAUGCGGGAGGCGCGCAUCGACAUCCUGGUCGUGGACUGGAUGGUGGAGUGCCUUGGGGCCGGCCGACGGAUCGAACCUCGGUACGAGCACUACGUGGGCAUGGCCCGUGGGACCCGGCGACGGAUGGAAGCUGGGUAUGCCAUCUUGGGGAGUGCGAGCAUUGCACGUAAAUUGUGGAAAGCGAUGUUCAUGAGCGGCAACUCUCGUGUCGUCUGUGUUGCGUCACGAGACACCGCACGCGCGCAAGCAUUCAUCGACGAAUGCCAAGCAUUGCUGCCUUUUCCUCAAGCACCUGAAGCUGUGGAGGGUUAUGAAGCGGCGUUGGCCAGGGACGACGUCCAAUGCGUGUAUAUCCCCUUACCGACCGCGCUUCGGAAGGAAUGGGUGCUAAAAGCAGCGGCGAGUGGCAAGCACGUACUGGUCGAAAAACCAGUGGGUCUGAACACGGAGGACGUACAAGAAAUGAUCCAGGCGUGCAUCAAGCACAAUGUCCACCUGAUGGACGGGGUCAUGUUCAUGCAUUCGGCGCGCUUGCAGCUCCUGCAGAAAACCUUGCCAAGUCUGGGGCCCCUGCAUCGUAUCAACAGCGAAUUCUGCUUCAAAGCCAACGAGGCCUUCUUUCAGAGCAACAUCCGAUGCUCCAGUGCCACGGAGCCGCUGGGUUGUCUAGGAGAUCUGGGAUGGUACAACAUCCGCUUGACCCUGUGGGCUAUGAAUUGGUACCUCCCUGUCCGUGCUCGUGGCUGCGUGCUGAAAGAGAACGCCGACGGUGUCCCCUACGAGUUUUCGGGCGAGCUGCUCUUCGAGUCUGGGUGCUCCGCCACUUUCUUCUGUUCCUUUCUCACGCACGAGACGCAAUUGGCGGUCCUGAACGGGGAGGAAGCCUCGGUGCAGUACUCGGACUUCGUCCUCCCGCUGCCAGGGCGCUACCUCUACUUCGACGUCAAUCACCAGAGCUACCAGCAAGAAGGACUCGAUCAG